ACUUCACGUCGGACACGUUUAGGAAAGGAAAUAGAGCGAUUUUUUUUAAUCAAAGCACAACCUUCUGGCUCUUCUAAAAUCAGGUGAAUCAAACAGUGAGCUCAGUUGUCCCAAAAAUGCCUCUGGUCGUGAUGGACUACGUCUGGACCCAGACGGAGACGACGCUUUACAUUAAUGUGCCUCUAAAAGGAACGAAUGCCGGGAAGGUAGACAUUGUCUGUACGGACGAUUACCUCAAGGUGCAUUUCCCGCCUUAUCUGUUUGAAGCCUUCUUGUUUGAGCCUGUUGAUGAUGACAGAAUCGCAGUAAGGGUUGCAAAUGGAUGUGCAGUCAUCACUUUGCCAAAAAGGACCAACAAAGUGUGGAAGCAUCUGAUGAUAAGUACGGAUAAUAAAGAAAAAAUGGAGAUCAGACAGAGGGCCCUGUUAAAAUACCACGAAAAGCUUUCUUCAGAGUCUAGAAACAAGGCAGCAAAACAACAAGAAGAGAACAAAUAUGCUCUGGAGACAGUGAUAAAGCUUGAAAAAGAGGAACGAGACAGUAUCCAGAAGAUAAAGGACACAGAACAAGAGAAAACCACACAAGAGUUGGCUGCAUGGCAUUUCAGACAACAACAAAAAGCAGAGCAGGAUGUCCAGCUAAAAUUGCAAAAUCAAAAAGCCAAAGCACGCCAACUAAGAACAGAGACAGAGAGGCAAAAAUGUGGACCUCCCAACCAAGAAAAAAUGAAAUUGGAUCAAAGAAGCAACAGUAAUGCAAAGAGCAAGAAAGCCCAACAUGAACUCCCUCCUCCAAGACUCAGUGGAAACAUUCAAGUUACAUUCACCCCAAGAAUCUUUCCAACAGCUCUCAGAGAGUCCAGACUUCCAGAGGAGGAGGAGUGGCUGAGAAAACAAGCUGAAACCCGACGAAAAGUGAAUGUGGAUGUUGGUGAGCUAAAAGACCUGAAGGAAGAGGAGAGGAACCCUUACUGGUUAAAGGACAAAGGAGACAAAUGUUUUGCCACUGGGGACUUCCUGGGAGCAGUGAAUGCCUAUAGCUUGGCUAUCAGGGUUAUGGGGAAGAUCCCUGCUUUGCAUUCGAACAGGGCCGCAUGCCAUCUGAAGUUAAGAAAUUUUCACAAGGCCAUUGAAGACUCCUCUCAGGCACUUGAUCUGCUGACUCCACCAGUCCCUGCCAAUGCAGCUGCCAGAGUUCGAGCUUUUGUCCGUCGAGGAUCUGCCUUCUGCGAGCUGCAGGCCUAUCCAGAAGGGCUCCAAGACUUCCUUGCUGCUCUGAAGAUUGACCCUAAUAAUGAAGCGCUGUUGGUGGAUACACAGAGAAUCAGAGACAUCAUUCAAGGAUCUGCUGUCAAUCCUCCCAGUGAGACAGAGUGACACACGACAUUUGCUUUGUACGUUAUGUUCAUGAAAUGUUUUACAGAGGGCUGGUUUCAGGUUCUUUAUUAAAUAUUAAAAAUUCUUGUAUUUUAUUUACAAAGGUCAUACAUUUUUAUCCAUCCUUAGCUUUUAAAUGUAUUCUGUACAUCCUUUGUAAACAACAUCCUUUGAAAAAUACAGACUUUUGAAUUGUAUCAUAGGUAAAGCCAGGCUACUUUUGUAGUGUCUAGUGUCUCAUUAAGUAAUACCAUUCUUAGUUUUAAAUGAUUUUCAUGAUCAGUUAAUUGUAUAUUAUAUAAAAUGUUGGGGGAAAAAAGAAA